CAGAGACCAGAGGAGUCCAGAGGAGACCUGCUUUAGUGGAAGAAGAAGCAGCAUUACCCUGAGGAUGUGAUGCGGACCGGAGCACCGGGGAUUCAGCACCUGAGCCAUGACGAGGACCCUGUGAGAGUUUUUACUGACUUUUUACAUCAGUUCCUUCUGACUCCGUGCAGCGCGCGCAUGUGCGCGCGGACUCUAACCGUGUGUGAUAUGGUGUGAACGCGCCUCCUGUCAAUCCGUUUUAAACCCGCUUUCGAACCAGCACCAUGUCCCAUCUGUGGCUGCUGAUCGUUGCCGUGGGCUCAGCCUGCGGCUUCCCCACCAACCCCAGGACGACCUCAUCCACGCGCUCUCUGGCGCCCCCUGUCGAGGUGACAGCAGGCCGUAGACCGAGAGGUGACCCUCAGAGUCUCCAAGACCUCCAGAAGGAGAACCUUCUGCAGACGUUGCCCUCUGGCCCGUUUUCCACCAGGUCCAGGCACCGCUGGUCCCAGCACCGAAGCAUGGGUGUCCUCCCCCCACCUGAACCGGAGGAGGAUCCUGAGACCUUUAUCUUUGACCUGAGGAAUUUCCCAGAGCUGGCCAAUGCAGACAUGGGCUCCCAGAACCCCAACAUCCAGGUGACCAUUGAGGUGGUGGACAAUGCGCAGACUGAGACUGAGGUGGAAAUGGACUUGGCUAAAGAGGGACAGCGUAACGACUGGUCGGUGUCUUCCUCAGAGUGGGCCAGCAGUCACAAGAAACUGUUCUGGCCACUGUUCUGGGAAUACCCGGGACAACCGGAGAAUGGGUUGGGUCGAGCCAGUCCAGAGGAGCGUGUUGACUACAACUAUGACCUGGAGGAGCAUGUGCUCAGUGGAGUGGGAGGAGACUGGAGUGGUCGCUGGAACAAGGAAUGGGAAGCCAAAGACAGCUAUGAAUAUGAGGAGGAGUGGAGCGACUGGGCUCCAUGCAGCGUCACCUGUGGCAACGGCACCCAGAAACGAACCCGUUCCUGCGGCUACGCAUGCACAGCAACUGAGUCACGCACAUGUGACAUGGAAAGCUGCGACGAUGGUGUGAAUGCAGUGACAGAGCUUCUCCCCAUUCAGACGACCAACAGCAGUGACAGCCUGGACACGGACGUAGACAGCUGUGAGAAGUGGCUGAGCUGCAAGAACGACUUCCUGCAGAAAUACCUCCAUCAAGUGCUCACCGAGCUCCCCAGCUGCCCCUGCUCCUACCCCUCGGAGGCAGUUUACAGUGCUGUCAACAUCCGGGACCCCAGGCUUUGCAAAACCUACCGCUGGAGGGACGCCAGCGGACCCAAAGAGCGCCUGGACAUCUACAAGCCUUCAGCACGAUUCUGCAUUCGCUCCAUGCUGUCGUAUGACAGCACGACUUUAGCGGCGCAGCACUGCUGCUACGAUGAACAGAUGAGACUGAUAACGCGGGGGAAAGGUGCAGCGGCACCAAAUUUGAUCAGUACUGAGUUCUCGCCCGAGCUGCACUACAAGGUGGAUGUGCUGCCUUGGAUUCUGUGCAAGGGAGACUGGAGUCGGUUUCACUCGGUGAGGCCGCCAAACAACGGGUUGGUCUGUGCAGAUAACCCCCCCGAGCAAGUGUUUCAGAUGGAACUUAAAGAGGCGAAGGAGUACUGAAGCUUUUCCAAGUCCAGAUUUGAUGGACGAUGACAGAAAGCCAGUUGAAAUCUUAAUUUCUGCUGUCAGCCAUAUUUUCGGAAAUUCAGCUCUACAGUUCCAGGAGAACUUUUUUUUUUUUGUAUGGUUUUGUCCAUUGGUAAACAAAAUUAAUGAAUUAAAAGACAUGAUUGAAACAACUUUUAAAAAAAUGCAACUAUGAAUGGAAGACGUGGACCGCUAUCUUACAUUCAUGUAUGAACUGUACGUGCAAACCAACUAAAUGAAAUGACACUGGUGUAAAAAGGUAUGAAACACAAAGGGUUGGAAUUUGCAGAAUCUUCAUGAUGUUCUGUUUGGACCGCUUAGAUCAUCCUGUUCCUGUAUGUUGCUGCUAAUGAAUGCAUGUGCUGAGUUGUGUGUGUGUGUCUGUGUUUAGAGGAGGAGCUUAUUUAUUGCACUCAUGGCCCCUAAUCAAAUUCAGUGUUGGAAUAAAUUCAAAUCUUUUCCAGUUAUUCAUGUUCACCAUAAUGAUGCCAGUCCAACAAAGAGUUUUCUUUCUUUUGGGUAUUUUCGACACAGUGCCUGCUGCCACAUCAGCCUGUUUUGCCCCCUCAAUCCACACAUUCUCACAUAUUUGCGUUUGUUCUGUGCCCCUUUCCAUCACUAUGUGAUAAGUUAGGUAGCUGCUUCGCAUCAUUUUGUAAAGUGUGGGGAAACGGUUAGGUUUAGCGUUUUCACGCCUGUCAUGAAAUGACACGAAGGGGCUGCCCAACCCCUCACCUAUUGACUUUUAGUCAACAACAGUUUUGCCUCAAAAUGUGAUUACUUAGGUGUGAAAGUGACUUCCCACAGUUACUUUCACAAUGAAUUUUCAAGCAUUUUGUUAGAUUAUGACAUACAGUGCAUCCA